AUGGGGUCAAAAGCUCACAAAAAGAGAAGAAGGAUCAGUUCGAGAGCUUGCGUGAAUUGCCGGGCCAAGAAGAUAAAAUGUGAUUGCGAAAAACGAUUUCCGUGCACUCACUGCAAGAACAACUCGAAGCAGUGCAUUCUUGUUGAGGAUAAGCGAGCGUACAGACAGACUUCAGAUUAUAUACAGUCUUUGGAAAAGCGUGUGAAAGAUUAUGAGGAUGAGAUUGCAAGACUCAAGCAGUCGGGCGAUCCCAAACACGAUUCAGUGGUAAACCAGAGGCGUAAAUUACGAAAUGGUGGCAAGAAAUCCGGUGGGAAAAGCAGCAUUGCAGGAGAUUUGACGCCAGAAUCUUCCAAUGAUAACAGUUUAACGAGUGAUAGUGUGAACGAGCCGGAAGUUCUGCCUAUAACAGAGCACCGGAUUGUGACCGAGAAUUCUUACAAGUACCCAUGGCCAAGAGCGUUUGGCAGUAAGUUCAACACGGAGCCUGUUUCCGUUUACGGCCCAACAAGUGUGUUUGACUGUAUUCCGGUAAAGUUCAACAGGGCAGAUUCGAAUGGAGAAGACAAGGCACUGGAACUUGGCCAGCUGAACAAGGAUGUGCGGAUUAUCACGUGCAUCAAACUCUUUUUCAACUGGUUAUAUCCGGAUUUGCACAUGUUUAUUCACCGAGAAGCGUUUCUUUUGGACUUCUUCCAUCCGAAAGAGGACGACAUGUGUUCUUCAUACUGCUCAAAGGAGCUCGUAUACGCCGUGGCUGCAAUUGGUGCAUCCGUUUCGGCAAACGGGGAGAUAUCAGGCCAGUCGUACAACUUUUAUAGAAUGGCACUUUCAGGUUUGCUGGUUGACUUCGAGCAUCCGUCUAUCCCAGCAAUGCAGGCGUUUGAUCUUUUGGGUCUCUACGAUAUUUAUAACGGUAGAAAUAACUCGGGGUGGAUUUUAACUGGGAUGGGUCUUCGAAUGGGGUUUAAUCUAGGGUAUCAGCUCAACCCGAAAAGCUGGAAAGUGUCCGGCACUAAAAAUAAUGUGAGCGACCUCACUAUCAGCAUCAGAAGCAGGAUCUUCUGGGGCUCCUUUGUGCUGGAUCAUUUUGUUUCGUUGCUUUUGGGAAGACCUGCCUUAUUACAGAUAAGUGAUACUACAAUCCAAGAAUCAGAAGCCACCCCUGACAUCGACUGGAUAGACGAGUACACGUUUCCAGGAUACUCCAAGGUGAUCGACAUCUCUACACCCCUCCGAAGCAUCGUGCGUCUUUUGGUCUUGGCCGACGAUGUUCUUCACAAGAUUUUUUUCACCGUUGGCCAAAGAGUCAAUCUUUUGCAAGAAAGCAACGAUAAAAUUGCCGGCUGGCGUGAUAGUCUACCCGAUUCACUUGUAUGGGACUCUGUAUCUCUCCGAACGAGGGCCACUGACCCAACUAGGAUGCUGCACAUCUACUAUUACUACAUUGUGCAAUUGUGCCUCAAUAGGCCGUUUGUCAAAGUGGACAACACCUGCUCAUCUGAAGUGUGCGAUAAUGCAAUUGCAGACUUGUAUGUUGCCAUAAAAGCAUUCACUGGCACCCAUGGGUAUCAUAAAUGCUCCGUCGUGAUCAUAUAUGCUUGUAUCAUCUCGGUAUCUGUCAUCCUACUUUCUGCGUCGAAGAAGAGUGAUGAAAACAGCAACGAUGAAAGCAGCAUGCUUCUUCUCUGCCUUUCAGAUGCACAGAAGGAGCAUUUUUUCACCUUCAUGGACACACUUCAUCGUCUUUCCAAAACGUGGAAUCUCAGCCUGAAAUCUUACGAAAUGAUCUCUCACAAGCUAUCAAAGGACUACGGACUGAAUUUCGACCAGCAGUACAAGAUUUACCAGCAUGAAAGCAGAAAUAGCAGCUCUUCGUCCAGUCUUGCCACGCCUGAAAGUGGUGAAGUAAACCAUAAUGGUGUUUUUACUGAUUAUCAGGAUUCUACAAGUAUAGAUUACACUGAGCUUCUAUACAAUAGCUUUGGUGGUCCUCCUUUGCUCAUGAACCCUGGCAUUGCAUCUACUGACUGGGAGUCGCUCUUUCCUGAUCUUUUUGGCCCGGAUGAGUUCGGUUGA